UGAAUUUGGCUCCAUCAUGGAGGUGGGUACAAUUUGUUGGGGGUCAGGUAGUAUGAAGUUUAAAAACUAACCCGAGUUGGGGCAGCUAGGUGACAGUGGAGAGAGCUCCAGGCCUGGAAUGGGGAAGACCUGGCUUCAGAUCUUGCCUCCAACACUUUUUAGCCAUGUGACCCUGGGCUGGUCACUUAACCCCAAUUGCCUAGCCUUUGCUGUUCUUAGAAUUGACCCUAGGAUAGAAGAUAAAGGUUUUUAAGAAAUGCUAAACAGGAAUUUGCAGUUGGACCCAGGGCCACAGAAAGUAGAAGUUGACUGGAUAGGAGCAACCCAGGGUCAGAUCUGCCCAACUGGCAGUGGGUGGGCUGGAAUGGUCUGAGGUGACACCCAGGGCCCACUUAGGAGGCUUUGCCCUAAUCUAGGUGGGAAGAGAUGCAAGCCUGAGCUAGCUGUGGGAGUGGAGGGGUCUGGGGUGAAGAUGUGGAGCCAGGAACGCUAUAUGACUGUGUGUGGAGAACUGGGGGUGGGGGUGCGAAGAUAAGGGAGAUUCUCCAAGAGGGAGAAUUUUGGGGAAAGAAGUUCGUUUGAAGACAUGCUGAGUGUGAGAGCUUUACUAAAGGACUCUGUGGGGAUCCCCUGAAUAAACCCCAUGGGAGCAGAGAAAGAAGAGGGCCGAGUGCUGCAGGACACCCAUGGUUAGGGCCUAGGAGGUGGGUAAUGAGCCAACAAAGGAGCCACAGGAUAUCUUUGUGGAAAUUGUGGGAGAGGAGUGGCCAGCAGGGUUAAAUAUGGCAGAGGCUGGGAAGGAUGGCUAUCUGCUUGCUGAGCCACCUAGCUGCCCCUCCCGAAGUCACCCUCCUGCCUGGGCUCCUCCACCUGCCUCUCUUGAGGCAGCCUGCUCCAUUUGGGGACAAACCCACAGCGGCUUGGGAAGUUUUUACUGAGCCCACUGUAACUCCCUGCCACGCUGCUCCUGGAUUCUCGGCCAACUCUGAACCCCAUUUGCCAAAAUGGUUUCAAGUCCAUAAAGGUUUCUAUCAUAUUCCUCCCGAGUCGUCUUCAGGCCAAGCAAGCUGCCAGGGUCCUUCACUGUAGCACCAUAAAACAAUGGAUUAGGAAUCGGAGAUCUGGCUUCAAAUUCCGACUGUUGUGCCUUUGCGACCCUGGAAGUUACUCUACCAUUUUGUUUUCUCUCCUGUGAAAUGAGGUGAAGGUCCCUUUAUCCCUACCUAUGCACUCCUGGGAGCCCUUCCUGGGAAGGGCGGAUCAGUCUAUGGAGGCCCACACUUGAUCCCCCUCCUCCCAAAUUCUCCUCUUUCCAUGCCCUCCAUCCUUGGAAAACUGGCUAGACUGCAGCAUCCCUUCAAGCUGAUGGUCUUGCUACAUCUCUUCCCUUCCCUUUCUCAGCCAAACUCGCAGGAAAAGCUUCCUGCCUCCAUGUCCUCUGAACUGGGGGACCUUCUGCUUUGGAGCCACUGCUUGGAAUUGAUUCAGAUGGAAGGUUGGGCUUUAGAGAGUGGGGAUCGCUGUCAGGUGUGCACUGGGCUCAAUGGCUGCUCCAUUGUCUUUCAGGCUAACCCACUUUGGGCCGGGGGAGCGCUGGAAUUAAGCGUUUCUUGACCUGAAUAAGACAGUAGAAAUUCCGUUUCUGACUUGUCCUUCCAGCACCCUGAGAUGAUGUCACAAAGCACACGCGGACCCCAUCAGUCCUACCUGGCUAUGCAAAGCCGUGAGAGAAGUCUGAGGAAGGCUGGCAUUCCUUAGACGAGGGGCUCCCCGCCCCGCGGGCUCGCGGGCAUAACCGGGUGCACCCCUUCCCUCGGUCUCGGCCCGCCACUCCCCGGGAUUUCUUCGGACCCUCCCGCACGCAGCUGGGAAGGGCGUGAGCUGGGCCGGACUCAUUCUCAGUCCCACUCCCUCCAGAAGGCCCAAGAGCCACCAGCAGGGGGCUGCCCCGAGGCCUGCUUGGCCUCACUACUCGCGAGAUACUGAGGCAGCCGGGAGUUGGGGUGGGGAGAGAGGUUCGCCGCCCCCACCAGCCAGGGAGAGGGAGGUGGGCCGCAGGCGUGGGUUCUCCAGCCUUCACGCUGGGCUAGACAGUGGCAGAGGGGCGGGGCUCUCCUUAGAAACGGGAGGAGGGAAGAGGCCGCUUCGCCAGGGCAGUGUGCACACACACAAGAGCGCAGGGGAAAGCCGGCCGGCCUCGGACCUACCCUCUCAGGGGUUGGCCAGGGGCUGGACUGGACCAUUUCCUUUCCUUCACUACGGUCUGCCCACUACCCGGAACUGAUUUACAAAGCCGGAAGUGACCUAUAACCACUUCCCUUCAGCCUCAGGUCCCGCCUCCCGGCCCGCGUUCGGAGGAAGAUGCAGCUGCCGCCGGGGUUACUGGCUCGUCUGGGUCCGGGCCCGGCUGGGGGCUUCUCUGAGUCGUCCCCAUCCCCGGUGCCCCAGCUGCCCGUGGCCCGACACCCCAUCGCCGGGGCCGCCCCCUUUCGCUUCGUGCCUCGGGCUCAGAGCCUACCACGGGGACAUCCGCUGUUUGAGGAUGGGGAUAUCCAGAGACAUGCGUACCUGCAGGAUGUGGUGCAGCGCGUGUCGCAGGGCCCCGAGCCCGGGCGGACGCUGCCCGCCUUCGGCUGCUCGGUGGCCGGCUGCCCGCAGCUGUUCGAGAGCCUGGAGGCCUUCGAGCACCACUACCGGGUGCUGCACUCGCACGUGUGCGCCUCGUGUCGCCGCUCCUUCCCGACGGAGCGGCUGCUGGACGCGCAUGUGCUCGAGUGGCACGAUGCCCUCUUCCAGCUGCUGGCCGAGCGGCAGAGCAUGUACCAGUGCCUGGUGGAGGGCUGCGCCCUGAGGUUCGCCAGCAGCCGCCAGCGCCGGGAGCACCUGAUCGGCACCCACCGCUACCCCCCGGACUUCCGCUUUGACCAGCCCCGGAAGGCUCGGCGGCCGGGCCAGGGGCAACCUGGGAAGGGACUGGAGGGGGCACCGGAGCCACUCCAGCAGCAGCAGGAGGAGGCAGAGGCCAUGGAGGUGUGCCCUUCCGCCCAGGAAGUGCCCUCCGGGGCCCCUAAACGCACGUACAGUCGCAGGAUCCCAGCCACCAUUUGCUUUGGCCAAGGUGCAGCUAGGGGGUUCAAGAGCAAAGAAAAGAAGCGACUUCCGCGGAGUGAGACCCACCCUGAGUGAGACUGCUGCUGCGAGAUCUCCGGGGAGUGAGACCCGCCGUGAGCAAGACCUCUCCCCGCCUGCUGAGGCCUGAGAGGUGGCGCAGCCUUACAGGAAGGCAAAAACUAAAGGGGAGGAGGAGGAGCCAGAAGAAACCUAGAAUGGCUGCGGGGAGGUGGGGCGGCCACACCGGUGCCUUGGGCCGCAUAGCCCCUCCUGAGCCAGUACAGGGUCUGCCUGCUCUCACUCCCAUGAGAGGGGACAGGAGGGAGCCCCCUCCUUGGCCUCUGCCACCAGAGCGGGACUGCAGGAAGAUCCAGGAUCCUCAGCCAGUGGCACCUGCCUCGGGCUAUCUGCAGCUGCCUUCCAUGGACUUCUCCCUAACCCUUGAGCCUGAAAUAAAGUCUUGGCAAGAAGAUCCUUUCCAGCCUGAACUCUGAGUCAUUGGGUAGUGGGGCACGGGCUCCCCAAAGCUGCCUGCCCCUUCCUGGGAGCACUUUAGGGAACCCCUUAACCCUCAUUUUUUUUUUAAACCUCACCUUCUGUCUUAGAAUCAAGGCAGAAGAGUGGUAAGAGCUAGGCAGUGGGGGUCAAGUGACUUGCCCAGGGUCACCUAGCUGGGAAGUGUCUGAGGCCAAAUUUGAACCUAGGACCACCCAUACCUGGGCCUGGCUCUCCAUCCACUGAGCCACCCAGCUGCCCCCUCCUCUUAUCUUUUUAAAAGGAAAGUUAUGAAAAUCCAUUUGAGGUUUUCCCGUCCCCAUCCUUUGGGUUAAAAACAAGGCCUUGAGGCUUAUCUGGAUGGGGGAGGCACAUGUGUGAUAUGGGGGCCAGAUUGGGGUCUUGUCUGAAGAAUUAAUGACAUGGGCAGUCUCCAAGGUGAGUUGGAGGAUGGCUCCGAGAGGCCCCCAGGAAGGGGUCCUUUGUUUGGGCAGCUGUUGCCUGUCUCCAGGGAACGGAAGUCUGCACAGCUGCUUGGCAUAGCAGCUCCUGUGGCCAGAGCCUUGGCCUCCCUGGUGAGCAGAAGACAGGCCUGCAGGACAGACCGAGCGUCCAGGCAGGAUGACCCAGAAAGUGUGCGUGUGAGCCGUGUGUCUAAGGAGUUUGCAGGCGAGCAGAGCGACCGGCCACACUCACAGAGAAUGUGAUUAACAGUCUCACACGGUUCCCCAGACAGGACGAUGGCGUGGAAGGUGGUAAUCAUUUUAUUUCGCUGUUAUCAAGCAGAAACAAGUUUCCCCAAAGGCAGGAGACGCAGGACAGAUGUGAAAUGCCAACAAUCUUCAUUUCUGGUGAGGCAGCUGGCCUGGGCACAGGCACCACCGAGGACUGUUGGGGCUGAGCACGUAUGCGUGUGGAUGGAUGGACGGACACAGACACGCCGGCUCUCUCCCACCCCAGCCACUCCUUCCCCUCGGCCUGAGCAAGGUCACACAAGAGUGCCCUCUGCAGAACGCAGGAAUAGCCACUCCGUUUUGUUAAAUGAUAGAAAACAAUUCUUACAAGCAGGAGGAGGGGGUAGAAAUGGUGGCCACCCUUCGGUGACUCCGUGGCCAUCCAGCCUGAGGAUCUGUCCAUCCAGCGGCCACUCCUGCCCAGGCUCGCCUCCGAGUGGAGCAGGACUCUGGUGGGACCACAUGGAUUCUAUCGGCCAAACGGGCAGGCAUCAGAGCUCGAGCCUUGAAAAGACAAACUAACCCUGAGCUCAGAUGCCAGCUUGGAGCCUCUUCUCCAUCAGGCCUGGGGCCUCAAGUCCCGGUUUCCUGCCAAGGGAUGCCCUGGGCAUGCCGGGCACCUUCGCUAUGCUUAAAAGGUCUACACAGCUGGCUGGCCCUGAGACCCCCCUGCAUUUCCUGAAAUGGUCACCCCUCAUGAAUGAAGGAUGGAGGGAAGAAUGGAUGGCAGGACGCCUUCAGCCUUGGGGCCACCCUCGUGCCAGGAUUUUUACUGUCCCUCUUUCCUUCCCUCCUCUGCUGCCCCAAGUUCUGGCUGGAGUUGGACAGCAGUAGUGCUUGGAGCUAAUCACAUGCAAUGAAUGGAUGGAUAGAUGGAUGGAUGGAUGGACGGAGAAGUGAAUAGAUGGAUGGACAGAUGGAUGAGGACAAGCCACCUUAGGAAACAAAGUGCACAAAUAAGCUACAUUUGGCUUCAGCGAUUAAGGCCCACAUGGGUAAUAAGGUCCUGAAGCUGUGCCCACUCAGAAGGGCAGCAGCUGGCCAGGAGUGGUGCCCAGGGCCUCGGGCCUGGCUGCUUGGCCUUCCCUGGAGGGCUCCUGGGGGUGGGGGCAGUGGGAGGCUCAUGGGCUGCUGCCCCUAGAGUGCUUUUAUUUCAAGACAUAGUUAAUGAACAGCUGACACGUCAGAAACACGCAGAGUAGAAACCAGCAGCGUGAGCUUUGCAGAAAGCUUCCUGGCGUCCUCCUGCACAAAGACUUUUUGUUUAGAGCCGUGAGGUUCCUGCAACACAGAGACAGGCAGGUGGCGGCUGAGUGCGGCUCGGCGAUUUCUCUUCUUCUGAUGCUCUCCCCCCUUUACAUGGUGCCUUCACCGCCCUCGAGCUUAGACUGGGAGCUCCUUGAGGACGGCGUCUGUGUUCGAACCCCCAGAACAAGUCUGACAAAUGGAUUGACUGACUUCCUGCCUGAUGGGGAAUUUGACAAGGGCUUCUGGCCCCCUUGGCCUCACCUGGCCUGUACCAAUGACUUCUCCUGCCCGCCAGCAGUCCCUGACCCCUUGCUGGAAUGGGGAAGACUUGGGCCAGCUCUGUGCCUCUGAGCAAGGCUUGCUCUUUCAUGCACAGAAGAGAAAGGAGGGAGUUGUGGCAAGUCCUGGAGGGGGGCCACAACUAGGGAGGAUGAAGGCCCAGAUUUGACCUCGACUCUCAGGCCUGAAGUUCCUUUUCCUUUCAAAGUCUGAGGCUUCUCCCUCCCUCCCUGGCAGGAUGGACAGGACAAUGCCUUCAGGAGGGUCCUCAGGUUCACCCGAGGGGCCCGGCCCAGCCCAACCUGACUGGCUGGCUGACUGACUUGGGGCAGGUCUUUGGGGGGAUGGAGGAGAGGGAGCUGGUGAGCAUUUAUACCUCCAGGCUUAGUUUAUCCUUCUGUGGAUUGUCCAGAUUUAAGUAGGAGAAGAAAUGUUAAUAAGGUGGUAUGUGUGUACACAUUUUCUGGAGAGCCAGUCAUUAAAUAGUUACCAGCA